CGCCCGGCGAUUGAAUGAACAUUUUUUUGUUUUCACGUCCAUGUUCGGCCUCGUCACCUCGUCCACCAGAGCCUUUCGUCCCUGUUCAACAACAUUACUCCCAUAUUUGACCCGCUCGUUUGUUAAUAGAGCGCUGACAAAGCCCGUUCCACCAACAACCGAGACAAUUACUACGCCAAAUGACUUUCUCAAGAGUAUAGGCCGCUCGAUGGACACGAAAAUGACUUCUGCACCAGAGUCAUGGGAUGAUUUCUGGCGGACAUCCGGGCUAGACAUGCGGAAAGUUGGGCUGAGCGUUCGGGACCGGAGAUAUGCGCUAUGGUGUAUGAGUAAAUUCCGUCGAGGUCUUGCAGUGGAAGAAUUCGCGCAUGAGCCAAAGCCGAAGAAAACCGUCAGAGGAUGGGGACCUUCGGUACAGAACGGCAAACGUAUACGCUCGAAGAGACCCAAGAAUCUAAAACGUAAAUGAAGCCUAGGGAAUGUCCGCGAACUUUAGAUUUGGUAUAUUCUUCGUAUCCAUUGUUAGAUAAAGAUGAUACAUAAAUGGAAGAACAUAUCAUACUGAAUUGAAUGCG